CCAAGACAUAGCUGUCUCCAUCCACGUUUUUUCUCUGUGGUUUUAUUCUACUGCAGAUAAGUAGCUUCUGUUUUGGAGAGUCAACAGCUGUGGCUUCUAUCAGCAGACUCACAGGCCUGCGAGAAAUGAUAGAGUUUGGCCUUGUGAGAGAGUCUGACUUUUACACCGACAGUGAUUUCUAAAGAAGGACAACUGGUGACUGACAUGGGCGAAUGGGAUCUGCUGGGCCGCUUGUUGGAUAAAGUGCAGAGCCACUCCACAGUGAUCGGGAAGGUCUGGCUCACCGUUCUGUUUGUGUUCCGCAUCCUGGUCCUCCACACCGGCGCUGAGAAGGUGUGGGGCGAUGAGCAAUCUGACUUUGUCUGCAACACUCAGCAGCCUGGCUGUGAGAAUGUCUGCUACGACAAAGCCUUCCCCAUCUCUCACGUUCGCUUUUGGGCCCUCCAGAUUAUUGCUAUAGCAACUCCGAAGCUUCUAUAUCUCGGUCACGUACUUCAUGUGAUCCACAUUGAGAAGAAGCUUACUGGAAAAGUCAUUUUCUUGUCCUUCCAUUCCAAGGUGAAGGAGAGGAUGAAGAAGCAUGCUGAUUUGGAUGACCAGGCCACUCUGUUCCUUAGGAGGGCCUACAAAGUUCCCAAGUACACCAAGAGCACUGGCAAGAUCAGCAUCCGUGGCAGUGUCCUUCGCAGUUAUGUCCUCCAUCUUCUGGCCAAGAUUAUCCUGGAGGUUUUGUUCAUCGGGGGUCAGUACUUUCUUUACGGUUUCACACUCCAGCCUCGUUAUGUCUGCACUAGCUCACCUUGCCCUCACAAAGUGGACUGCUUCCUGUCCAGGCCCACAGAGAAGUCAGUCAUCAUCUGGUUCAUGCUGGUGGCAGCAAUUGUCUCCCUCAUCCUCAGCCUGGUGGAGCUGUUAUACCUGUGUUCGAAAGCUGUGAAGGAGUGCAUGACGAGGAGGCAGGAUUACACAGUGACCCCGGUAACACCUCCACUUUUGGGAAGGAAAGCUUUUAAAAACCGUGACGAGAUGAUCCAAAAUUCUGUGAACCUGGAGCUGGAGCUCCAAGGAACAAAAUUGGGGUCGAACGGGGUCACAGUCGGGGUCAAGGAGGCUGCUAAAAAUAUACCACCUGAGAACAACAACAUAGGGGAGGUCCACAUCUGAAGCAUUGAGGCUGUGAUAGGUUGACCGGUCAAAUUCCCGAGUUCCAGUAUUUGUGUGCUUUGGCUUUGGGGUGGAAAGGUGUGUGUGUGUGCAGUAAAUAAAGAUGGUGGGUGGGGGGGUAGCCAGCUUUGGUAAACAUAACUCAGUCACAUGCUAAAAAAGUAGUUAAAGUGACUUAAAGUGACUUUUGUGACAUAAUAAAAAAAUAACAAACAUUUUUUCUUGCAGGUGACAGAGCUGUCAUUUUAAAACACUGUACAUUUUUUUGAUAGAUUUUGCUAAGAGUACUUCUUUGGAAUGAUUUAAGACUAUGUUAUUGAAAUUUUGAUUGAAUAAACUUCUCAUAUUCAGAUUGGA